GGCCAUUUUCCGACACUGUUUGUUGCAUUUAGUUUUACGCCAAAGUAAUAUCGCUUGAUAUACGUAUUUAUUAUUAAUUUUUAUUUCCCUCAAACGUGUCGCGAUUGUCGCAAAAUUGCGUAUGGUGAUAAUGUUUCGUCGUGUAUGAUCAAAAAUUCGGGAACAAACUGUUGUAUAGUGAUACGCGGCGGCGGUAGACGUGCGCGUAGCGCGACCGCAGCCAACUUCAGAGGCGUGUCAUGUUUGCGGUCAACGCGUUGCUUCGUAAUCGGAGUCGUCGAGUUUUGUUAUCGAAAAUCUAUAAAAGAUGCUGUCGUUAGGUCCGAAAAAAGACGGCGGACCCAAUGCUAAGUUCUUCGAGUCACCGGAGGUUCUCACCCAGCUUGAUGGCGUUAAACAGUGGCUUCUAAAGAAUUGCAAGAAGUAUGUGCAAACAGAUCCUCCUACUAACAAGAGUUUAGCUACAUUGGUAGUACAACUUCUGCAAUUCCAAGAAGACAAUCUAGGCAAAAAUGUGGCAAAACCACCUAUGACUAAAAUUCCAAUGAAAUGUUUCUUGGACUUUAAACCUGGUGGUGGCUUGUGUCACAUUUUGGCAACUGCUUAUCGCUUUAAACAAGAACAAGGAUGGCGGCGAUUCGAUUUUCCUAGUGGAAAAUCAAGUUCACGCACAGAUCGUACUCUUGAUAUGCUAAUGUCAGCUGAACGAGCUUUACAGCAGAAUAGAUGUAUGACUGUACCAAGUGUUUUUGUGAGACCAGAUGUGGAUAAAGCUACAGCUACACAAGUAAAGGAAGUAGUUAGAAAACAUCAAGGCAACAUUGUAGAGAAGGAGGCUGAUGCUACACACAUUAUUUAUCCUCUAGUGGAUCCAUUGGAAGAAGAAUAUGCUCGUCCUUGUAUGAGACGUGAGAGAUCAGUACUGAUUCAUUGGUACUAUUUUCCAGACAGCUACGACUCGUGGAUGACACUAGAUCUUCCCUGGGAUUAUCCGGAAGGAAAUCUCGCAAAUACAAAUUCAAGAUCAGUAUACAGAGUAUCAGUUACUUGGGCGUUAGACUUGGAUCAGUAUAACGAGUGGAUGAACGAAGAAGAUUACGAAGUAGACGAGAGUGGCCAAAAAAGAGUGCAUAAAUACAGACUCUCGGUGGAAGAUUUAAUGGCGCAACCUCCCCAUCCACCGCCUGUAAAGAAACCCAAAAGGAAACGAUCCCCCAGUCCACCACCAAAACUCGGCAAGCGUAAGAGUAGCAGAGCACCGUCGGGUAUUCAGAGUGCUUCGUCUGCAUCAUCGGCGACGACUCCGAAGAAAUCACGCGGCGGUGAAGAAGAAGAAGAUCUGACACAAGGAAUGGAGGAUCCACCGUCCGAACCUCGCAUUAUCGAAGUGGUCGCUACACCCACAAAUCCACCAAUCACAGGUCAAGGUAACGCAACAACAGGAAAUUCCACUUUAACUGCUACUGGCAGCAAAAAGCAAGACAGCGAGCUUCAACCUCUUAAAUCCGGCAAUUUAACAGAUCUCGAUGAACAAUUGGAAGGAGACAAAGGAAGUUCUCAGGGCGGCCAAGACAGAGAAGAGAGAGAUACCAGUAAAGAGAGAGGUGAAGGCGGUAAAGGCGACGAGCCGGAAGACAACGUGACUGAGCAAACACAUCAUAUUGUCGUUCCUAGCUACUCCGCUUGGUUCGAUUACAACUCAAUUCACACUAUUGAGAAGAGAGCUCUGUCGGAAUUUUUUAAUGGCAAAAAUAAGUCCAAGACACCGGAGAUUUAUCUCGCUUAUAGGAACUUUAUGAUCGACACUUAUCGACUGAAUCCGACGGAAUAUAUUACAUCGACCGCUUGCAGACGGAAUUUAGCUGGGGAUGUGUGCGCGAUUAUGCGCGUGCACGCCUUCCUUGAACAAUGGGGACUUAUUAAUUAUCAGGUAGAUGCGGAAUCUAGACCGACGCCUAUGGGACCUCCGCCAACAUCACAUUUCCAUGUUUUGUCCGACACACCGUCUGGUUUGGCACCCGUUAAUCCGAAUCCGCCGAAGACGCCGCAGCCAUCUGCCGCGAAGAUGCUACUCGACUUGGAAAAGAAAUCCACAAAUACGACGGGUGCUCUGGGCACAGAAGAAAAGGUUUCGGCUGGAGCGAUGGCAAACUUCGGUCUAAAAAUCGAUCAAUAUUCGAGAAAACCGGCGGUGCUGAAGAACAAGCAGGCAGCUGGUGCUACACGAGACUGGACAGAACAGGAGACACUUUUGUUGUUGGAAGGAUUGGAACUGCACAAAGACGACUGGAACAAAGUGUGUGAACACGUAGGCUCGAGAACUCAAGACGAAUGUAUCUUGCACUUUUUACGAUUACCCAUUGAGGAUCCGUAUCUAGAAGAAGGUGGACCUGAAGGAUUAGGACCAUUAGCUUAUCAACCGGUACCUUUCUCAAAAGCGGGCAAUCCCGUUAUGAGUACAGUUGCUUUUCUCGCAUCUGUUGUGGAUCCUAGAGUAGCAGCUAGCGCGGCAAAGGCUGCCAUGGAAGAAUUUGCCGCGAUAAAGGAUCAAGUGCCAGCUGCAUUGUUGGAUCAGCAUCUGAGAAAUGUACAAGCCAGCGCUAAUUCGGAUGGUAAAUUUGAUCCGGCGGCUGGACUAGCGCAAUCAGGCAUCGCCGGUACAGGACCACCUGAGCCACCGGAUGACACCGCAACUUCUGCUGCAACAACUCCUUCCGUACCAGCAGGCGUCGCUAAUUCCCCUCAUUCGGCAGCGCCAACUCCUGAUGGGAAGAAAGAUGAGCAAGAAAAAUCUAAAGAUGCAAUGGAUGUUGAACCAUCUCAAGUAGAUGUCACGAAGAAAGAGGACGAAUCGAAGGAAACCGAAGAAGACGCGAAGUCUACCGAUCCAGAAGCUGCAGAAGCAAAAGAGAAGAAAGACAAGGUCGUGAGAGAUGCUCAGCUUCAAUCUGCGGCUGCAGCGGCGUUGGCGGCUGCUGCCGUAAAAGCCAAGCAUUUGGCAGCGGUUGAAGAACGCAAGAUCAAGUCAUUGGUCGCGCUCUUAGUGGAAACGCAAAUGAAGAAACUGGAGAUUAAACUACGACACUUUGAAGAAUUAGAAACGACAAUGGAACGAGAGCGUGAAGGUCUCGAGUAUCAGCGGCAACAGCUCAUCACUGAGCGUCAACAGUUCCACCUCGAGCAGCUAAAAGCGGCUGAGUUUAGGGCGCGACAGCAAGCUCAUCAGCGGCUGGCUCAAGAGCAACAACAGCAACAGCAGCAGCAGCAGCAGCAGCAACAACAACAGCAACAAAAUCAGCAGCAUCCACCUUGGCAACCCCCGAACGCUCAGCAGCAACAACAACCACCGAGUCCUCAAGCUCAGCAACAACCACCACCGCACACACCACCGCAACAGACAUAAUUUUUUCAUGGAUCUCUUGGCAGCUGGUCUCGAUUCAGGACACGUAGAGAGGAUAUCAGAUGGGAAUGGUAGUGCUGGAGAAGCUGUGUCAUAUA